AUGUAGCUGCUACAACACUUGAGAGGAACAUUAUUUCCUUUGACAGAACUCUGCACCUCCUUGUUAAAUCCUUCCUCUUCUCUGCAGGAGGAGGCGCAGUGCGUCUGCCAGGAGCCAUGUGCCUCCCUCACACCAACAACAUGGACAACAAGCUACAGGGUGCGGGACAGGGGGGAGGGGCUUCACUUCGACUGCGACCAGGAGGCGUUCCACUGGAGCCCUUCAUACACCAGGUGGGGGGUCACACCAGUAUGAUGCGUUACGAUGACCACACAGUGAGUAAACCUCUGAUCAGCAGAGAGCAGCGAUUCUACGAGUCUCUGCCUCCAGAGAUGAAGGAGUUCACCCCUGAGUAUAAAGGCAUGGUGCUGGUUUGUUUCGAAGGCGAUUGUGACGGCUACAUCAACCUGGUGGCCUACCCCUACGUGGAGAGCAACAUGGAGGGAGGGGCCGGUGACCACGAGGAGCGCGAACCUCCCGAGAGGGAGCAGCCGAGGAGGAAACACUCCCGUCGCAGUCUCCACCGCUCCUCCUCCUCUUCCGAACACAAGGAGGAGCGGUCUGACCGGAGGGAGUCACAUGACACCGACACCUCUGAAAAUCUUGCAGAGCUGAAGAGUCCCCGGCUCGACCCGAAGAUCCACUCCGACGUUCCCUUCCAGAUGUUGGACUGGAACAGUGGUUUGUCAUCAGAGAAGAUCAGCCAUAACCCCUGGAGCCUCCGCUGUCACAAACAGCAGCUCAGUCGCAUGAGAUCUGAGUCCAAGGACCGCAAGCUCUUCAAACCAGAGUUUCUAUUGUUGGAGAACGUGGUUCAUCACUUCUCUUACCCCUGCAUCCUGGACCUGAAGAUGGGCACCAGGCAGCACGGAGACGACGCCUCCGAGGAGAAGGCGGCCAGGCAGAUGAAGAAAUGUGAACAGAGCACUUCAGCCACGCUGGGGGUCAGAGUGUGCGGCAUGCAGGUGUACCAGCUGAACACCGGUCACUACCUCUGCAGGAACAAGUACUACGGCCGCGGCCUGUCGAUCGAGGGGUUCCGCCAGGCCCUCUACCAGUACAUGCACAACGGAAAGGGCCUGAGGCAGGACCUCUUGGAGCCAAUCCUGAAUAAGCUCCGCAGCCUGAAGGCGGUGCUGGAGAGCCAGGCCUCCUACCGCUUCUACUCGUCUUCGCUGCUCAUCAUCUACGAGGGAAAGGAGUCUGGGGGCCCGUCAGUCCUGAGCUCUGGGCAGCAUCCAGCCUGGCAGCAGAAGACUCCUCCGGCCCCGACAGAGCCCGGCCCCGGACCCUUCGCUCCCCCGGCCCCCGACACCCCCCUUCAAACGGACAUGAGCCAGAAACCAGACCCGGGGUCGCUGUCCUCUCAAGGGUCCGGACCAACAGCUCUGCCCUCCCCUGCCCCUCAUCCCCCCCCACAAGCCCCAACCAACACGUCAGACUGCCACUACUUCUCCCCACCUACACCCUCCCCUCACCCCCGUCCAGACUCCUCCUCCCCGUCCUCUGCUCCCAGUUUAAUUUCCUUGCCCCCUCCUCCCGCCCCACCAAAGCAGCCCCCCCACGUGGACGUUCGUAUGAUCGACUUCGCCCACUCCACCUUUAAGGGUUUCCGCGGGGACACGGCGGUGCACGACGGGCCGGACCGGGGCUACAUGUUCGGACUGGAGAGCCUGGUCCGGAUCCUGGAGAGCCUGCGGGACGGCAACCUGCCGUAGCUCUGCCUGCAUACACACACAGACAGACACACACACACACUCACACUCGUCUCGGCUGUAAAUAUGGAACAGGGUUCUCCAGGACGUCACCAUGGGCACAUGGGCAUUCUACAGGAAAGUAGCUACUAUAGCAACGGGCAGGAGGUGGGCCAGUGGAGCUCUGGAUCACCUCUGGAUCACCUCUGGAUCACCUCUGGAUCACCUCUGGAUCACACACACACCGGUUGUGCAUCUAUACUUGUGAGGACCCUCGUUGACAUAGUAUGACAUAAAGUUAACACAACUACAGCCCAAACUCCAGUACUCUACUAAAACCCAAACUUAACU